CACACAUUUCUUUGAGCGAGACUUGUUUCCCGCGCUUUGUCUUUGCUUCUCUUCGCUGCAUGUUGCGUCAAUCUACUUAGCGAUAACUACGGGGUCUUGAUAGCCCAGGGUCCGCUGGGCCGCGCAUAAAGAUGUCCACCGAUACUCCCCAGCCCGGGCCGGCCCAGCGCACGGCUCAGGAUCUGGUGAAGGAGAUAGCGAAAGAGCGCGGCUAUCUUGGCGAAGAGCAGCUUGCGCGGAUUGGAGAGAUUAACCCUGAGCUUAGGCGCGAGGUGGAAGAAGCUCUCCUUCGAAAGGAUGAGAUGAUAGGCUCAGCUGUCUUAACACUGGCACGAAACCUCUACACAAGUAACGCCAGAUUUGUCUUUGAGUUGCUCCAAAAUGCCGACGACAACAACUACAGCACGGCUCUCUCAAGCGGGCAAGGUCCAUAUGUGUCUUUCGAAGUUCGCCCAGAUAAGGUGUCAAUUGAGUGCAAUGAGAACGGCUUCACGCAUGAGAACCUCAAGGCCAUUUGCGCAAUCGGCAAAAGUUCAAAGGUUGGGGCAGCUGGGUACAUUGGUGAGAAGGGCAUUGGCUUCAAGUCAGUGUUUAUGGCGGCUUGGAAGGUUCACAUUCAGUCAAACGACUUUUCCUUCUCGUUCACACAUCGCAAGGGGGACUCCGGUCUCGGCAUGGUUACACCAGUAUGGGAAGAUGCAGAUGAGUCACUGAGAAGCUCUUCGACUCGCAUCACGUUGUUCCUGCAUACGAGUGAUGACCCGGAGGAGGAUGCGAGGCAGCGCGAGACCAUCCGACUUCAGUUCCAAGACUUACAACAUACGAUUCUACUUUUCCUUCGCAAACUCCGAAAAGUGCAGGUCUCAUUCUUCGAUGAGGAUGACACUCAAACGUCAAGCACGACGUACUCUCUCCGUGGGAGCAACCCAGUUACUGUCAAAAAGGAGACUUUUGAGGGGGUGGAGGAGAGGCAGUAUCAUGUCACGAAGCAUGUUGCGGAGAAUAUUCCCAAGAGCGAGAACAGGACGUAUUCCGAAGAGCAGGAUCGCGCCGAUUCGUCUACGGAGGUUGUGUUGGCAUUCCCAUUAGCGGAUUCAGGUACACCAAUUGUCGAGAAUCAAGAUGUAUUCGCAUUUCUGCCAAUGCGCCCAAUGGGCUUCAAGUUCCUCAUUCACACUGAUUUCGUCACCGAGGCCAGUCGACAAGGUAUAGUCACUACAUCCCUCCGAAACCGCGGUCUCUUGAACGGCAUCGCGGAUUGCUUCAUUAAAGCCAUCGAGGAGUUUUGCCAGCAUCCGUCACUCCAAUACCAAUGGAUGCGCUGGCUCCCCCAACGAACCUCUUACCCUUGGGACAGCUUCUGGUCGGGUCUCCUCGAUAGGAUCGAAUCGCGCAUACAGGAAGUCAAAAUACUUCGCACGCUCGGCACUGGAAGAUUGGACUACAUACACGAGCUGUGUCGUCUUCAGCCAUGGUUGCGAGAUAAAAAUGGUGAUCCGCUUUUCACUGAUCUUGACGAGGAGAUUUACCUUGCGAAGGAGUAUACACGUGAUGAUCUGAAGUUGUUGGAGAUGUAUGGACUGGAAAGUAUGUCACCAUCAGAUGCAAUCACUCGUGUUGAGAAGGAUCUCGAAAGGGGCAUCAAGGAUUCGAGGAUGAAAAGUCCUGCUACGGAUAACGAAUGGCACUCACUUGCAGCACGAGCACUCAUCUUGUUGAAGAACACCGCGACAGUGGGUCCAGCUCAGGACCGCCUCAAGCAACUUCGAUUCAUCCCCCUCGAGAAUGGCACCUGGGUUUCUUCAAGCAGCGGGCCACUGUACUAUUCGCAUUCCUCGGGGAGCCUUGCAAUCCCUGACGACCUUGAUUUGAGCCUGAUCGACUCGGAAGCAGCCAGCAACCCUGAUCGUCGUGCGCUCUUUGACAAGUUCGGCGUCAUCGAAGCGCUUGUGAAGGAUGUACGAGCUUUAAUCCUGAAAAAGCCAAUCAAUCCGGUCGCCGAUGCAGGUGCUCUUGCAGUAUCCAUCGCUCAUCUCAAGUUCUUGUACCUUUCCGAGGUACUACUCGAGGAGAAUGAGGAUCAGGCGGAGUUGCGUGGCUACCAUGUGUAUGACCAGAAUAUGAGAGCACGGUCACCAACUAAACAUGAUGUCUAUCUUACAACAGACGACGCGUAUGGACCCAGUGAACUGUUCAAACCUCAAGGAGAUGCGCCCGGCUUCGCAGCGCCUUUUCUUCAUCACAACUACGUCCAGGAAAAGCCAGGUACACCAGCAGGUUACUCUUGGGGAUGGGAUGAAUGGCUCCAGUUACGCCUUCGACUUCGGCUUCAACUUCGACUUACCAAGAAGGGUCCAGACCGAAAGUUAGAGCUGUCUGCCGCCUUUCUCUACAUCGAGCAGCACCGACCGAAAUGUCUUUUGGGUGCCCUUCAGAGAGUCUGGGAUGUUGAAAGAACAAAGGUCAUGGAAUCUACUGAUAUCAUGAGGGAGUUGCGGCAAGUCGAGGUCGUGUGCAAAGGAAGAGAUGAGUUUGCUUUGUCUGAGCCGCUGUCGACUACUUACCUACCUCUGCCUGAGCUUGAGGGGAAGCAUUCACGCUAUGCUGAGGAUGAAGGUUUUGUGUUUCUGGAUUUGGGUGAACCGAUAACUUCGAGCACGUAUCGUUCCAAAUGGGGUUUCUUGGUUGAUGAUCUUGGGGUUGGGUGUACUGAUGAUCUCCAGUUCUAUCUAGCCAUUCUGAGAACUAUCCGGUACAGUAAUGCUGCGGCUGGAGUGUGUCGGAAUACGAGGGUGCUAGAUCUCUACGAAGUCAUUCAUGCCCGGUGUCGGGAAGCUGAUAGCUUCCUCGACGCGCAGGCGGAAGCAAGGCAAGCGAUCAAUGACGGAAACCUGAUAUAUAUUCCCGCACACGACUCGAGCCCAGCGAUGUGGACAUCCUCCGACAGAUGCUUGUGGAACGCCCGAGAAGACAUGCAGACGGCAUACCCUCUCGCCCACCUCUACCGAACCGUUUUCCAUCGCUCAGAAGAAGAGCUCGACGUCUUGCGACAAUUCUUCAAGGCAGCGCUCGGGGUCAAAGACUCUUCCUGGGAGGAUUACCUGAAUGAGAUGCAGAGACUGAAGGACCUGAAGAGUGAGGACUUUGACUGGAUUAAUGACCUGUACAGCUCUUUGGACUCUGAAAGGUUCGGCAUGAUGGAAGUUGAUACUACAAAGCUCAGGAAAACUUUCGCUGAAGAGCCAUUGAUCUACUUCAAUAUCGGCAACGUAAGCCGCUGGUACACAGUCGGUGAAUGCCUAUGGUCGAGCGCUACACAAAUCCGAGGCAGAGUAGCUCUCAACGACCUUUACCCCGAUCUGGAAGAUUUCUUCGUCAGUUUCCUCGGUGUGCAAGAACUUACACUGGACAUGGCCUACGACGAACUCAAGGAGAUGGGCAGCAGAGUGCCACCACCAUCAGUCGCUGCUGUCAAGGAAACCAUCUGGGCGCUCAAUUCUCUACUUGACACAACAGCUGAUCCACCAGAUGAAGAACCUAUCUUUCGAGGAACGGUCUUUCCUUCUGGUAGGACACAAUUCGCUAUUGCCGACCGAAAGGCUCUGGGCGAUAUCUUCGCUCCUCAGGCCAAGAUGCUUGACUUUACGUUGGACGAAGUUCGUCGCUUGCGGCCAUUCCUUUCAUGGCUCGACCUGGAGUCGCGAUAUUUGUCUACCUCUGUACGAGAGAUCUCUACUGUGGCGGGCGGGCUCAUGGACAAGUUACAGUAUCGGGACAGGGAGUUCAGGCAAAAGGCAGAUGGUCUGUUCAGAAUCGCGGUGCAUUUUAACAGUCCUCGGACUUCAGAGGACAGCUCGGAGCUUUAUUGGACCCUCAUGGGUGCAGAGGUCUACGAAACGGAUGGCAUCUCCUCCGAACUCCAUUUGUCACAGGAUGGCCAUGGUCUGGUGCAUGUACAAGAUAGGAGUGAGCUUCACAUACGCGAAGACGACAGCAGCCUCAAGAUAUACGUGCCACGUGAUCCCAAGACCCAAGGAUUCUGUUACUUUUCGACUCUUCCAAGACGGUUCCUAGAAUGGAUGAUGACAGACCCUGUUACUUUACAAGUCAAACAUGCUGGCUCCAAAGCUAUCCAGAUCGUAAGUGCGGUUUUGAAUGCACCUCUCAUCAACAUGGCGCAGAUUCUGGAGGCGGAGGGUGUUGUCGAGGUGGACAUCCCUCAAGACAGGGACGGCCAAGCGACUGAGGACGAGGCUGGGGAAGUCACCGAAGUAGGUCAUGUCGACACCGAAGAGGAGGAUGUACAUGAUGCCACUGUGUAUCAUGAAGCGCUAGAGACAAACGAUGAAACUGGCUCCCACGAGGCGGAGGAAGACCCCAUUACUCGAUUUCUGGCCCAACCGGAGAUUCACGAAGACGAUAUAUCGAGCGACGAAGACUCCAUGCUUCAAACAUUCGACAACUUGAGAUCUCCUCCGAGGCUAUCAGAUCUCCCUGUUCGACAGCGAAGUCCUGCGACUUCAAACUCAUCCAUCACUGGACGACGACUGUUCACCCAAACUUCGUCCACGGCCGAAUACUUCCGCCAAAAUAGGCGAACAUCAUCAAAUGUUCAUCGGAACGUGGGCAGGCAUGAGUCUUUACAGUCGACGCCAAGAUCAGCAAGCCAGCCACAGCCAACCUUUGUCUUUGGCGCUUCCCCUACAGCGCAGCCCAGCUCAGCAUUCCUAUUCCAGAGCUUUGGCGAAGCAUCCCAACAUCCUACCAUCGAAGACGAAGAAGAUUAUCUGAGACUAGUCAGUAAUGUCAUUUCUGCGGCAAACACAACAACUCUUCCUAGUAAGGGCGCUUAUGACAUGUCGGGGCUUUUCGGUGCACUACCAGAAGUAGAUGAAGAAGAGAUUGAGCUAUCACGACGAUUCCGGUCACAUGGCCUUCCUGAACGAGACAUGCGAAUAGGAGCUCUCGGUGAACUAUAUGUCUUUGAACUUCUUCGCAACAUGGAUCCACCACUACCUCGCUUCAGUCGCGACAACUGGCAAAGCCAAAUGCGAAAGUUCGUCACCAUUCAUCCCGACUACUCAGACAUGCUCCCCUGGACCGCCCAAGAAACCGCCGACAUUGUGUACUUUGACCGAAAGCGGGUAUUGACGAAUCACUUGGUGGACAAAGGCUACCUCGACAAAACAGCUUGGCAGAACAAAAAGCCUUUGUUCUUGAUUGAAGUCAAGUCUACAACGGGACAUAGCCGAACACCGUUUUACAUGAGUAAGAGACAGUAUCAAAGGCGAUUAACCAACACUAUCAUCAACCUCAUCAACAACCCGAAGGGUCUCUUGACUACUUUCACCAUGUCUCGUCGUCUUUCUAUCCUCAAGGGUGACGACCUUGUUCCCGACGACAGCAUUCACCCUGAGACACCUAGUCUUACCAAGACUAACCCUCUUAUGCGUCAGGUAGUCACUCCCCCGUCUCUCAGCUCUUCCCAGUCUGAAGAUACCGACAUGGAUUCCUAUCACUCCAACCUUCCCGUCGAUCUCAAGCCCUCCGUUAUUCCCCCUUGCGAUGAUGUCCCUCCUGGACAUGUCCGUCUUCUUGGCGGAUUCAUCUGUCCUGCUGAUCCUGCUGAAUCCAAGGAGGACGAUAACACCGAGGCUAGUGUUUAUCACUGCCCAGCUGAUAUUCUCGAGCCCAAGGAUGCUGGUGAGUUCCCCGGUGAGAAGACUCAGGGUGAUGGCAAGCCUGAGGUCACUUCCCCAAAGGCUCCUCAGCCCCCCAUGCUCUACCUUCGUGGUAUUAGCACUCCUCCAGUUCCAGCUGGCCCGACAUCUUCACCCUUCCAGGGCUACAGCACUCUGUACCAGGGUAUCAACCCCCCUCUCCCUCCGUCUGUCGGCCAUGAGCAUCUUCAGCCUGUCGACCCCUUGACUCGACUUCGUAUGACACCUCAUCAUGCGAUGAAUCCCCCCAGCCCUGACUUUGUUCAGCCCAUUACCCCUUACCACCCCAAACCAAUCGUGCCUGGUCUUCCUGAGCCUAUCGGCCCUCAUCCAGCUCAGCCUAUCGUCUACUACCAUGCUGAGUCUAUUGACCCUCGUGCUCAGGCUGUCGGUGUUCACCCCUUCCAACCCAUGGUCGCUCACUAUUCUGACACUAACAACCCCGAAUUUGUUCAGCCUCUUACCCCCUACAACUCGCAGGCUGUUGCUAUUCAUCAUCCCCAGCGCAUCAGCUCCCUGGGCGAGAUGCUCAGCCCAUCUCCCAACGAGGCUCCCACCCCUACUCCCCCUCACCGUUGCUCCAUCACCACAUUCAACCCUGAGGCGAGUGAGUUUACUCCCAGCCCCACCGGCCCUGGUAUGGACAACCCUGAGGCGACUGAUUUCGCUCUUAGCCCUACCGAUCUUGGCAUGAUCCCCCACGAGGAAGCUGGCGUUGAGGGUUUCGGUGGUCUGGACGCUAACUCUCAAGCUCCUAUGGUCGAGACUAUCCAGGAUACUUACAGCCAGAUCCUAGCCAUCGAGGAUGAGCGUGAUCGUGAAGACGCGAUCAACGACUUCUACUAUAAGCAGGCUCGGCCUUGGACUGAUGAGGACACUCGUCGCGAGAAGGAAGAGCAGGAGCUUGAGGAGCGCAAGCGACGUUUCGGCCGCAAGAACUAA